GGUUGAUUAGAGGGGCGUGGCUGAGGGGGCGUGGCCGCAGGCGGGCUUCCUGCCGGCGCCUUUGCGCUGACCCCCGGCAUGGCGGUGAUGGGGGUGCAGGUGGUUGUCACCCUGCUGGCCGCCAGCCUGAUGCAGAAGAUGGCCCCGCACUGCUCCUUCGCCCGCUGGCUGCUCUGCAACGGCAGCCUGUACAGGUACAAGCACCCCUCGGACGAGGAGCUGUGCGCCCUGGCCGGGAAGCAGCGCCCCAAGAGCAAGAGGGACAGGAGGGCGAAUGGGGUGGCAGAGGACAAACCGCUGUCGGUGCCGCGGGACAUCGAGCUGCAGCUGGACACCAGCCCCAUCACGGCCGUGGACGCGCUGGUGCUGCGCCAUUUCCUGGAGUACCAGUGGUUCGUGGAUUUCUCCGUCUACGCCGGCGCCGUUUACGCCUUCAGCGAGGGCUACGCCAGCCUGGUCAGCCCGGCCCGGGAGGGCAACCUGGGCGUGCUCUGGUGCCUGCUCACCGUCCUCUUCUCCCUCAAGGUGUUCUUCACGGUGAUGUGUCACUAUUUCCGCUCGGAGGAGGGCGGCGAGCGCUCCGUCUGCCUCAGCUCCGCCUUCUUCUUCCUCCUGCUGGCCAUGCUGGCCCUGGUGGUGCGCGAGGACUACCUGGAGUUCGGGCUGGAGGCCGGGCUGGCCGGAGUCUCCUCUAACCUGGAGCCCAUCCUGAAGCUCCGGGGCUGGGAGUGGACGCUGCCCCUGGCCAGGCUGGCCUUCAAGCUGGGGCUGGUGGCCCUGUGCUCCUUCCUGGGCGCCUGCCUGACCUUCCCGGGGCUGCGCCUGGCACAGACACACCUGGACGCGCUCAGCAUGGCAGCUGACAAACCCCUGACACAGUGAGUGACACCUGGGGACACUGGGGACACCGGGGACAAUGGGGAUAACAGCAGGGGACACCUGGGGAUGGGGGGACAGACACACCUGGACGCGCUCAGCAUGGCAGCUGACAA